AUUUCACAAUUCCUGUCUAAUCUUAUCAUUCAUCCGAACCUUUCGCUACCCCCCUACCCCCACGCCCCCAACCACCCACCUUUGUCAGUUUCUUUUUUCCGGUUCAUCUUAACACCGGAAAGUUUUUUUUUUUCUUAUCUGUCAGCUGUUUUAGUUCAAGAUUUUGUUAUUGUUGUUGUUGAGCUAAAAUAUAGGAAUUCUGUGUCUAGAUUCUUGUGUUUCAUGAGUCUUUGGUUUAGUCAACGCUGUUGAUUUUAGUUGGGUAUGUGGUUUGCUUUUAAUUGGUAUAAUCAUGUUUGUUUCUUUCUACUCUUUCUUGAUUUUUGGGGCCGUACCGAAGCUGAUUAAUUCUUAGUUCUAAGUUGUAAUCUUUCUUGUUUUUCUCUGAUCUAUAGCUCACACUUCUCCGAUCAUCUUUUUUUUUGUUUUUUGCUAAGUCUCUGGAUUUGGAUCUUAACAUGGAAGCGAGUGUAGGAGAGCGUUUUUACCAUAUGGGUGGAACAGAUCUAAGAGGAUUAGGGAAAAGGAGCUUGGAAUGGGAUCUAACUGAUUGGAAAUGGGAUGGAGAUCUAUUUAUAGCAACCCCACUUAAUCAAAACCCUUCUAAUUACCAAAGCAGACAGUUUUUCCCGGUUGAAACUGGAAAUCUAGCUUCAUCAAACAGUUCAUCAUCUUGUUCUGAGGAAGUAAAUCAUGGGAUGGAACAACAAAGAAGAGAACUGGAGAAAAGAAGAAGGGUUGUUGUGGUUGAUGAAGAUGAUUCUUCUGGUUCUCUUUCAUUGAAGCUUGGUGGACAAGGUGAACCUGCUGUUGCUGUUGCUGAAAAAAGGACGAAAUUAGCUGCACCUGUUGGUGUUACUAGUAGAGCUGUAUGUCAGGUUGAUGAUUGUGGGACAGAUCUAAGUAAGGCUAAAGAUUAUCAUAGAAGGCAUAAAGUUUGUGAGAUGCACUCUAAAGCUAGUAAGGCACUUGUUGGAAAUGUUAUGCAGCGUUUCUGCCAGCAGUGCAGCAGGUUUCAUGCUCUUCAAGAGUUUGAUGAAGGAAAACGAAGUUGUCGAAGACGCCUAGCGGGACAUAAUAAAAGGAGGAGAAAGACACAAUCAGAAUCUGUAGCUAACAAUAAUUCAUUGAAUGAUGGCCAGGCUAGUGGUUAUUCCUUGAUGAACCUGCUAAAGAUGCUCUCUAACGUGCACUCCAACGGAACUAAUCACACUGAAGAUCAGGACCUUUUGUCUAAUCUACUAAGAAGCCUUGCCAGCCAGGGUCCCAUGAAUGGGGAUAAAAGCUUAUCUGGACUUCUGCAAGAAUCUUCAAAUUUGCUGAACAAUAGAUCAAUCCUUCGAAAUCCAGAAAUAGCUUCGUUGAUCUCAAAUGGUUCACAGGCACCUCCUAGAGCCAAAGAACAUCAGUUCACUAAUUCUGCAGCUGAGAUGCCCCAGAAAAGACUUGAAGAUGCGCGGACCGCUUCUUCUCAAAGUCCAGGCGUUUUGUUUCCCGUUCAAAGCAAUUCUGAAGCUUAUGCACCGGGCAGGUUAAGUACCACUGGCAGGAGCAAGUUGGUUGACUUCGAUUUGAAUGAUGCUUACGUCGAUUCAGAUGAUUGUGGAGAAGAUAUAGAGAGAUCCCCUGUGCCUGAGUGCCCAUCUUGGUUACAACAGGACUCACACCAGUCAAGUCCACCUCAAAGUGGAAAUUCAGAUUCCGCUUCUGCGCAGUCACCUUCCAGUUCCAGUGGUGACAAUCAGAACCGCACAGAUCGGAUUGUUUUUAAACUAUUUGGAAAAGAUCCUAGUGAUUUUCCAUUUGUUGUACGAGCUCAGAUUCUUGACUGGUUAUCUCACAGUCCAACUGAGAUUGAGAGCUACAUUAGGCCUGGUUGCAUUGUGUUAACAAUAUAUCUGCAGCUUCCUGAGUCUGCAUGGGAGGAGCUUUCGUAUGAUCUGAGCUCCAGUUUGAGUAGGCUUUUGGAUGUCCCUGGUGGUGAUAGUUUCUGGACAAAAGGAUGGAUUUACAUUAGGGUGCAGAACCAAAUUGCAUUUGUGUGUGAUGGGCAGGUUCUUUUGGAUAUGUCCUUGCCUUGUGUUAGUAUUGAGCACAGUACAAUAUUAAGUGUCAGACCCAUAGCUGUUCCAGUAUCUGACAGAGUUCAAUUUUUAGUCAAAGGCUAUAAUUUAUCUAAGCCGUCCACAAGAUUACUUUGUGCUUUAGAAGGUAAUUACCUGGCUCCAGAAGCUAAUGAUGAGGCCGAAGAACAUGUUGAUGGUGUUGACAAGGAUGAUAAGCUCCAAUCCCUAAAUUUUGCAUGUUCUGUUCCAGCUAUCGCUGGAAGAGGAUUUAUUGAGGUUGAAGAUCAUGGAGUCAGCAAUAGCUUCUUCCCAUUCAUAAUUGCAGAGGAGGAUGUUUGCUCUGAGAUCCGUAUGCUUGAGAGCGAACUAGAGUUGACUUCAUCAGAUUAUGUCAAGGGGCAGACAAGUAAUAUGGAAGCAAGAAAUCAAGCCAUGGAUUUUAUUCAUGAACUGGGUUGGCUGUUUCAUAGAAAUAACUUGAAGGCUAGGUUAGAGAAUAAUGGUCCUAAUGCCGUUCUCUAUCCUUUGAAGCGGUUCAAGUGGCUUGUGGAUUUCUCCGUAGACCAUGACUGGUGUGCAGUAGUGAAGAAACUGUUGAACAUUCUUCUAGAUGGAACUGUAGGUGCUGGAGACAAUUCUUCCUUGAAAUUUGCUCUCACUGAGAUGGGUCUUCUGCAUAGAGCUGUGCGUAGGAAUUCUAGGCCUUUGGUGGAAUUGCUAUUAACAUAUACUCCCGAUAAUGUAGCGGAUGAACUAUGUUCUGAAUACCAAUCUCUGGUUGGGGUUGAAGGGCAAUUUUUGUUUAGACCCGACUGUGUGGGGCCUGCAGGUUUGACACCUCUUCAUGUUGCAGCUUGCAUAGAUGGAUAUGAAGAUGUGCUAGAUGCAUUGACAGAUGAUCCCGGAAAGGUGGCUAUUGAAGCAUGGAAGAACACUCGUGAUAGCGCAGGUUUCACACCAGAGGACUAUGCUCGCUUACGCGGACAUUAUUCCUACAUUCACCUGGUGCAGAGGAAAAUUAGCAAGAAAACAACCAGCGGACAUAUAGUGGUUGAUAUUCCUACUGUCCCGUCUGUUGCUGAGAACAGCAGCCAGAAAGAAGAAGAGUGUGCAACCACCACCAGCUUAGAGAUAACAAUGACAGAGAGAAGAGCCAUUCCUCGGCCCUGCAGGCUAUGUGAUAGGAAGCUGGCUUAUGGAAGUCGGAAUCGAUCCCUACUGUACAGGCCUGCAAUGUUCUCCAUGGUGGCUAUGGCUGCUGUAUGUGUUUGUGUUGCUCUUCUCUUCAGGGGCUCGCCGGAGGUGCUGUAUAUUUUCCGUCCAUUUAGGUGGGAAAUGGUGGACUUUGGAACAAGCUGAUUUUACCAUCCCCAAUAAAUUGUGAUAAAAAGUAUAUUAGUUACUUGUUGUACCAGUAUUUUCGUCUAUAUAAAAGAAAACUUAGGGUCUGAGAUAUGCUGUAGGAAUACCCCUUCAGACUAGUUGUUAUACCAACUUGUUAACAUAUUUAUUUUUUGUUUGAUAUAAGUGUAUCUUUCCAUUGGGACCUAGUAACCAGGUCUAACUUUCCCUCUUCAA